AGCUUUCAUUACCAAAAUCUGACAAUGUCUCUCUCUCUCUACCCAUCAAAAACCACCAUUAUCGUCCUUUUAAAGCUCUCCAAACAGUACUUCGCAUGACAGUUUCCUUUAAUCUCCCCCCCUCCCUUCAAACCCUAAUCUCUCAAAAACCAACCAUUCUAUAUAAAAACCUCAAUCCAUCCAUCCAUCCAUGGAUCAUAAACAAUACAAAUCUCUCAAACUCAAAGAUAAUCGAUACCCACAAAACCCCUCCACUUUCUCAUCCACAUUACUCGACGCCAUUUACCGUUCAAUUGACGACGAUACCCACGGCGCAGGCGCCGGAGAACACACGAUGGUUUACAGAGAAACCAAGAAACAGACUUGCUCUGGUUUUGAAUACGAAGAUGAGGUUAUGGCGAAACAUCGUCGUUCUCGUCUCAUCGAGAAAUGGAUGGAGAAGAAGAAGGUAACCCAGACUGAGAAAAUCGUUAUUCGCCGGAGAUCUGUGCCGGAUUUUGAUCGGAAUCCAUGGGGGUUAACUCAUUCAAGCUCUAGCUCUUCCGAUUCAAGCUCCGGCGGUGGAUUCUCUUCGUCGGAAACAGAGUCGAUCUACGGAUAUCCUCCUCCGACGAUGAAGCUAAAUCCAUUGAGGACGAUGCCGGCGACGGCGAGUAAAACUGAGGAAUUUCAGAAACAGAGAAAAUCAAACAAAACCCAUGAUAGUAAAUCAAAGGCGGUUAUGAAGAUCUUUAACGAUUUAAAAAAGGCGAAGAAACAACCAAUCUCUCCCGGAGGUCGUCUGGCAAGUUUUCUUAACUCUCUCUUCACUGCAAAUAAAUCAAAAUCCGACGAGAACACGCCGGCGACGGCGACGGCGACUGAAUCAAAAUCCGGGCAUGCUUCAACUUGUUCAUCGGCUUCAUCAUUCUCUCGAUCAUGUUUAAGUACAGGAUCAUCGAAAACAGCUAAGAGAUCUGUACGAUUCAAUGUCGACGAUGAUUAUCAACCUUAUUCCCGACAAAAAUCCUCGUACAAUAACAGCAACAACAACGUAAAUAUUCCGAAAAACACCAUAAAAAAUGAAGUCAAGAUUCAAAUAAUGGAAAAGAUGUAUCAUCAUCAACAUCAAUAUAAUCAUAAGAUGAGCCAUGAAGAUGUUGAAAUGGGUAUUGAAGAUCAUGAAGAAGAAGAUGAUGAUGAUGCUGCAAGCUACGCAAGCUCGGAUCUUUUUGAACUUGAUAAUCUUUCAUCAAUUGGAAAUGGAAUCAUCGAUAGAUAUUGCAAAGAAUUGCCUGUGUAUGAAACAACCCAUGUUCAUACUAAUCGAGCCAUUGCUAAUGGCUUGAUUGCUUAAUUAAUUAAUUAGCUGUUGUUUAAUUUCAUCUUUUAGUUUAUAAGUAUUGGUGUGGGGGUUUACCUUAACAAGAAAUUUAAGUCUUUUGUGUUCUUCUUCUACUAAGUUUUUCUUGUUUUUUU